UAACAAGUAUAUACUAAAUUUUUAUUAGAAAAAGUUUAAUUAAUAAAAAUUUGUGUUUAAAACAGGAAGGAUAAUUCAAAAAUUUACCAUGGAGUUCUGUAUUCCGUCACAAGAGGCAGCACAAUCGUUCUUUUACGUUGAACGGCCUUCUCGUUGGGAAUUCGUUAUCAAAAACAAAUUUCUACAAACUAGAACGACGUAAACAAAUUGAUUGAAAUAUUAUAAAGAAAAAUCAUGCCACUCUCUCCUAAAUCUAAUCAAAGAAUUAUUGCUGCGCCCGAUCGAAAUAAACAGGGACAAUUGCCAAAAUAUGUCGAUUCAGAUAAACAAGUUUCGCAGUUUAAUUUAUUUGACAAUUUUACUUUUUCGACAUCUGAUUCUCAUGAAGGCGAGGCAUCAGCAGCAGCUUAUUCAACAAAUCAUUUAAAAAUGUCGAAUCAAAUUCCAAAAUAUGGACAACUGAAAAAUAAUUGGGAAGAUGAUGUUCUUCCUCGUUUUUCACAUAUGAAUCUUCAGUCUGCAACAGGAUUUUCUCAAACAAUUGAUCCAAAAGCGCCGGAUUUUAUACCACGUAAUGGAAAAUGGGUUACUCCGAUUAAUAUAUCUCAACAAUUUAUCGCAGAUAGAGGAUUUUAUCAGGCAUAUGAAAAUUAUCCAUAUUAUGUGAUUCAAUCACAAGGAUCAUAUGUUGAACCAUUGCCAAUGAGAAGUGUACCGCAAUUUCCAUCCAAUAAUAUUAAUAAUGGAAUUCCACAUCCUUCAUUUUACGUAAAUCAUUGGAAUGAAUAUUCAUCGAAUUAUCCAAAUGUGUUAAAUUGCAGAACCGAAGGAUGUAAAUCAUAUGUAAAUCCAAAUUUGCGAUGUCAAGAGACUCUUCCUGCGGUUGAAUUUCCAAAAAAGAACGUUGCACAACAAUUGGAUGAUGAUGAUGAUAAUAAUGAUGAAUUGUGCAAAGCAAAAAUAAAAAAUUUUAAAACAAAAUGUAAUUUAUUGACAAGUGCAAAACCAGUGAAACCAAUUAAAAAAAUUGGCUUUUCAAAAUUUCCACGACGAAGAAAUUUUACAUGCGAAACACAAGAUGAAAAUGAUAUUAUUUGUAUGAUGACUACGCCGACUCCAAUUCCAAAAGGUGCAAGGCCCAUUUUAUCAGCAAGAAAUAUUAUAUAAGUACAUAAAAACCAGGAUAUUUGACGUAAAUCAACGUAAUGAACAUUCUUUUUUUAUACUGUGAAACUUUAAUUGCUUGUUGUAAAAAUGAUCAUUAAUAUUUUAUAAUUAUUUAAUUGUAAUCAUAUUAGAGUAUAUUUAAAAUCAAGACUUAAAUACUCAAAAGAAAAUAUUUAUAAACAUUCAAUAUUUAUAUUGUCAGAAUUGAAAAAUGAUCGUUAAUUUGGUUUUUGUACCAUUUGAAAAAUUUCUUCUUAUUAAAAUAUUGUUUAAUUUUGUAUUUUACAUGCUAAUCAUUUAUUGUCUUAAUUUUUUACAUUACAAGUAUUGUUUGUUCAACGAACUUCGUACUUUUGUUAUUUGUAUAAGAAAAUGAAGGUGCAUGUUUGUUUCUUUCGUUCAUAAAUAAAAACAAUUGUAUUAGAAAGUAACAGUUUAUUUUAAUUGCAACACAAACUAAAAAUUAAGUAAUAAAUUAAAAAUAAAUAAUAAUUUAAAAUAA